GAUGUCAUUGAACCGUGGGGUGGUCGGCGUGAGGCGAUGCCACUUUAGGGGCGGCGGCCUGCUGAGGGGUGGCAGGGGGUCAGCAUUAUAAAGGAACUCCCUUUAAGUAAUGGUAAUCAUUACAUUGCAUCCAUUUGUGUGAUUUGCAAUCAGCACAACUGCUCACAAGGUAUCCGUGGCGGAUGGCUGUUGGAGGCGCGGUGACCCGGUUGCCCCUGGGCGGCAUUUACAGAGUUCUUUUCCCGAGCAGGGUGACAGUUUUUAAGAACAUGUCCAACUUUUAUCAAAGAAUGCAUCAAUCAAGAGCUUUGUUGGCCGUGUGUGCUUCAGGUCCCCCAAAAUAUGCAGUUGUUUUCAAUCAUUUCAAGCUUUGUGUCACAAUACAUCGUCAACAGCUGGCAAAGUUGAACUUUGGUUCAAGCAAAGGGCAGAAUACUGCAGGAGGACUGAUUCAGUGUCAGGCUCUGUCUGUCGGUGGCCCAGAGUACCGGACUCAACCAAAGAAUACAAUUUCAGAUAAUGAACAUUUCACGGUGGUAUACAAGUUUCAAGGAAUACGAUUCUUGAGAACUAUUUCUAGGUUAAAAAUACUUCAGACUGGCAUAACUAUGGCUCUUCUACCUACAGUUUAUUACUUUUACACCCUGGAUCUGGUUCAGUAUUCUCUGGUUAGUUAUAUCACUGUGUUAUCGGGUUUAGCCUUAGUUAUGCUUUAUUCUAUGAGUUACUAUCUUAGACGUUUCAUAGGGAUGUUGUAUUUGAAUGAUUCAGGAACCACACUGAUGGUUUCACAUCUGACUUUUUGGGGAAGAAGGAAUAAUUUUUAUGUCCCAGUUGAAGAUGUCAUGCCUCUUGCAGAUACAGGCGAUUCAACAAAUGAAACUAUUCUGCAGUUUAGAAGGUACAAUAGCGCUGAAGUUUUGUACCUCACAAUUAGAUUUGGUCAGGUAGUUGAUAAACAAAAAUUCUUGCACGUAUUUGGUGGAGUUAACUGAAUAAAGAAAAUUCUAGACGUGAGAUUCUGCAGAUGCUAGAAAUCCAGAGCAACACGCAAUGCACAACACACACAGAACUUAGUAGGCCGGGCAGUUUCUGUGGAGAGGAAGAAAGACUCACCAUUUCGGGUUGAGGGUCUCGGCCUGAAACAUCGACUCUUUAUUCCUCUCUAUAGAUGCUGCCUGGCAUGCUGAUAAAGAAUUCUAGGUGUGCUCCCUAUGUAAUGAUUUGUAUAUUUGAUACAUUUCGAUGCUUAAGUAAAGUCAACUGUGGAGACAUGGUUUUAUGUUUUACUUUUGACUUGCAAUCACAAAAUUCUCGGUGUUUUAAAGAAAAGAUUGAACACAGAUUCAAAGAAAUACGUCACUGUUUACACAACUGGGGGGGGGUCAGGCAUGAGAAGAUAACAACCUCUUGGAACUACACUGGCAAUCAACAUAUCAUGGGUGAUAACUCCAAUCUUUCUUGAUCUAUAUUCCUUAAUUCCACUCAGAUCCAAAAGACUAUAUGUAAUUUCAAUAAUAUAAUUAUUGAAAAAUAUUAGCAUCAGAACAAGAAAGUACUGUUUUGGACGAUUUGCUGAAUUAGGAACCAGGGGUACUUAAAAAUUCUACUGUUACUAUUUCUUGCGAAGUGAACAUAUGCUAUUUUGGCAUAAUGUAAGCAAAGUUGUAUUUUAUCUGACUGUAAUUUGAGCUUACCUGUGUUCAUGGGAGCAACUUAGUUUUCUAAACUAUCGACCUUCCAAGCCACUUCAUCGCAUGAUCAACAAAACUUGGUAUCAAACAAUGUUGGGUGAUAAUAAAUUGGAUUUCCUUAAACGUGGUCAGUAGUAUAGGUAUUAAAGACCACUAUAAAUUAGGAGAGAGAAAAGGGAAGGAGAUCUGGCAAAAUAAUUCUAUAUUUCAGUGUGGAGACAUUGAGUGAUAAUGGUGUAGGGGUUAUAAUGAGGGAAAUGCAAGAGGCGGAAAGGGAGGAACACUGAGAUCUUCAAAGAUUAUAGAGACGGAGAAAGGCAUGGGCAUGGACAAAUUUCAAGUCUGGUAAGAAUAUUAAGUUCAACAUGUCAGACUGGGAGUCACUGUGAUUCAACAUCUGCGUGUGUAAUGGACAGAUGUCUGUGGGUACAAGUUAGAAUAUUUGCAGGAGAGUUUGGAUUAGCUCACAUUUACAGAACAUGGAAGAUGGGAGACUAGGCAGGUAAAUAUUGGAAUCAUGAAGGCUAGGGUCAACAAAGCCAUUUGAGAUGGCUUCUACAGCGGGUCACUCAGAAUUGAUACCUGCAGUAUUGGUGUUAGAAGCUCAUAGAAAGGCUAAUUGUAGAUCAUAGUUGUGAAGGAUGUAGUUUAGGGUCAUAUGUUGGCAGAUGGGAGAAAUGGAGUUGGUGGCUUUGGAAUGGUUUUCAAAUACCACUGCUGCAUAGCCAUUCUUAAUGUCUCGGAAUGAUUACAGAAACAAUGGAAGUAUAGGUUUCGAUCUUGUAUAAUCUUAGAUUCUGGAAUGGUCCCAGAGAUUGGAAAAUAACAACACAAUCCCUGCUGUUUAGGAAAAGUGGGGAGGGGCAUGAUAAUAGUAGUCUGAUAUCAGAGGUAAAUGGUAUUUGGAAAACGUGAGUAGGCAAUAUCUCUGUUGUACGAGAAUUAGUGGAUCUGUAAAACACAGAUUGAGUUUAUUUGAGAUGCAAGGUGUAAUCAAUAUAAGGAUUUUUGCCUGGCCCUUGAUUAUUUAGAUAAAGGAAUUGUAAAUCUCAAAAAGCUGAUGAUACAAAGUUAUGUGGAAAAUUAAGGUAUUUUGGCUAUGCAAAAGGACAGGAAGGGUACACAUUCUGCAUUUGGGAAAGGAUGACAGCAGGUGAAGUAUUGUGUUUGUAGGAAGAGUGGAGUAGAAUAUUUUUUAAUAAGGUGGGUGUUUAAUAAAUAUUAGUAUUCAGAAAUGUUUGCAAAUGAAUCACAGAAAGUUAACAUGGAGGAAGUGCAUGUUGAAAAUUAAUAAUGCUAAAAUUAUACCUUAUUAAAACUAGGUAUUGACUGGAAUGUGUCAGUGAAAAAUGGCAGCAUGGAGACAAAUCAGCACUGUCAUGAUGGCAGGAAUUAACCACACACACACAUACACACAAAUCAUUUUUACAGGCAAGUAUGCUGUGGCUGCUUGUUAGCGUUGGGCACUCAGUAUGUAGACACGUGGACUCUUACCCCAAAUGGUUUUGAUAACGUGUGUUUUCUUUCUUGACUAAUUUGCACAAUAAAUACAGCCAAUAGGCUAACAUCUAGAGUUGUUAAAUCCGACUGAGGAUUUGUGAACAAACUGAAGCAUUUCUGAUAUUUAUUGAAUCCUUCCCGGUCCUAUCAUCUUGAACAGACACUUUUGUAGAUGAAUCAAAAUCUGCUAAUUUUAGCUGCAGAGUCCUAAAUCUAUAAUGAGAAGCCUUGAGUGCCUUUCUGAAUUUGCACAGAAACAACUAAUAGCAGUAUUCAACAAUCUUCAUGUCCCACCUUUGGUGGACUCGUGCCCAUAAAAACUGUAUUACCCAACGAUUAAUACUUAACCGUCAGACUAUCAAAGUACUUAUUCAAUGCAACUUAUAGGUUUAUCAUGAUGUGACCUUAAAAGUGUAACUAUCAUUUCUAAACAAAAGUUGCAUCUAAUACACAUUGUGAAUACACUGUUGGUUGACACAAGAAACUCAUUCUAUUUUUCACCACCCUUACUUUAAUGAACCUCUGCAUGAAGAUACACAGCAGCAAUAAAUGUACUCUAUUAAUUUAAUUAAAACAGGUACAAUCAUAGAUUGUCUUUUUCAAUAAUAUAUAACAUUUGAAGAAUUUUAAGUUUUAUUUGAAGAUAUAAAUGCAAUGAUGAAUAAAUCUGUAUCACAAAUUCCAUAUGUGGUUAACUGACUAGGAUUAAGACAUAUCUCACUCGAGCAACUAGGCUUUAAGGUUUUUCGACAGCAAGUACAUGGAAUUGGCAGUUAAAUAG